AUGUUGCAUGCUUUUUGCAGGCCCGCCUCCCGGCCACGACUCAGCGCGUGCCCCAGGUUGUUGUCCGGGGUUGCCAGGGCGACUCCGGGGAUGUCGGAGCUGCACGAGGCGGCGGCGGCGGGAGACACCGACCUGGUGGAGGAGAUCCUGCACAGAGGCUCUUGCGACCCGAGCAUGAAGGAUCCGGACUGGAGUGACCGUACCCCGCUCCACUGGGCGGCGGCCAAAGGAAAAGCAGACAUGGUGAAAAUCCUUAUUGCAAAUGGAUCUCGACCUUGCUUGAGGACAGCUACUGGAUGGACUGCAGCACAUUUUGCUGCAGAAUCUGGCAAACUUUCUGUCCUUCGAAUGCUGCAUUCACUGCAUGCUCCUGUUGACAAAGCAGAUUUGUAUGGAGACACUCCCAGAAGAAUUGCAGAGAUAUAUGGUCAGGGAGAUUGCCUUAAGUUUCUUGAAACAGCUGAAAGAGAGAGCUUGAAUUACAGAAGAGUUGCUGAGAUGAAAGGCAUUUUUUUAGAUGAGACAGACGAAGAGUGGGAAAAUCUGAAAGAAAGUGAAAUGGCUGAAAGGAGGAAAGUUGCCAAUAACAUGAAUGAUGUUACAUGUAAACCUCAGCAAAGGCAGACACACUAUAUUCACAAGACACCAGUCAAUAAAGUGCCUAAGAAAGGAAAAUUACCAAAAAUAAAUACUUUUGCAAAAAAGAUGUAAAAUAAAAUGGUCUUCAGGUCAGAGAAACAUGUAAUCUUAUGACCUGAAUUUGUUUAAAAUUAGUUAGAUUUGGAUUGAACCAAGAACAACCUCCAAAGCACAAAUUGAUCAGUGAUUUUAUAUUGCAUAGAAACACAUCCUUAUUCCUGUCGACUUUCCACUGAACCUAAUCAACUGCUGCUGUAGCUUAACAUCAGUGAGCCUGGAAUUUUCACGAAAAUGUUAUUAAUUGCCAGGUUGGUUUAGUUUAGUGUAGAGAAACAGCAAGGAAACAGGUCCUUGGACCCACUGCGUCCACGCCGAUCAUCGAUAACCCGUUUACACUAGUUCUGUAUUGUUCCAAUUUCACAUUCACUCGCUAGACACCAGGAGCAAUUUACAGAGGCAAAUCAAACUACAGACCCACACAUCUUAGGGAUGUGGGAGGAAAUGGGUGUAGCCAGAGGAAAUGCCCUCAGCCACCAGGAGAACUGCACCACUGUCCAGACCCUGUUUUGUCAAUGAAAUAUUGUUUAAAAUAUUGCUAUUUCCAAGACAUGGAAGCCUGUUACAUAGUUUUGCCCUCUUACAAAAGAUUAGCUGUUGACAUUUCAAGAUUCUGCCAGAUACUGGGCAAGGGUAGACUUCUACCAUAAACAUAAUGCAGUGCAGCUCAAUGCCACAUGGUAUUUACACAACUGAAAUCUCUAUUGUGGCAGAGCAAUUUUCUUUCUUAUUAAUACAGACACGUAGCCAACACGUAGCCAACUGGACCUUUGAUAAACUUUUUUUUAAGAAGGAACUGCAGAUGCUGGAAAAUUGAAGGUAGACAAAAAUGUUGGAGAAACUCAGCGGGUGAAGCAGCAUCAAUGAGCGAAGGAAAUAUGCAACGUUUCGAGUCGAAACCCUUCUUCAGACUUUGAUAAACUUGUUAGUUAGGGAGGGCCAAGCUGAUGAAGUUGACAUCUCAAUGCAAAGACACCUAAUCUGUUUAAUAUUGGAAGUGGAGGAGGUGCAGCAGAGGCACUUGGCUUUGAAACCAUGGCAGAUAGCAUUGACAGAAACAAGCUAGUAUUGUUUAUAUUUCCUAAAUUAAAAACACCAUAAAAUGAAGGAUCCCGGCACUUGCCAGAAUUGCUUAACCCUUGUCAGCUGAACUUUACAGGCUUUGAUUGGCGCCAGCCAGGCUAGGCCAGACUGAUAUGCAGGAUGGUAAAGGGUCCAGGUGUUCUCCCUGUUUCUCUUAAGUUGAUAACAUGUAUAAACUAACCUCAAAUGCAUAAUUUCUGUUGGGUCGCUGCAAAAGCAUUGUAAACAGUAUACAUAAUGUAAGACGGUCACCCUGUUAAUUGAUGAUUGGUCGAACUGUUGAGUCUUGGAGAAAUUGUUUGAAUCUCAGGGCACAUGUUUCAAUGUUGGUUCUAGUUAGUUUCCUUCGAGAGCUUUCUUUCUUAUUGAAUGUAACACGAGGUUCAGCGUCGAUCUUCUGGGAGAGCGCGUGGGACUGCGUGAACCUCUGUAGUGUCUGUCUGAGCGAGGCCAGGAGGGCUUGAACAGGCAGAUAUGGGGAUCGAACCCGUGGUGGGAUUGGUACAGUAGUUGAACUGUAAUGCGCUUUUGCUAAAAUAAAAUGGAGUUGU